AUGAAUCCUAAACAAGUUGUUGAUAAAAAGCUCAAAAAAGGAGAAACUGGGGCAGCUGAAAGCAACUCAGGUAUAAUUAUCCAGAAGUGGAAGGACAAAAGAGAUGUGCUUACCUUAUCCACAAAACACACCGAUGAGUUACUAAUCAUCAGAUCUGGCAAUAAUAUAGAAUUGCAAAAACCUGCUGCUGUGGUUGACUACAACAAACAUAAAGCCUAUAUUGACUUGUCGGAUCAAAUGAAGUCUUAUGCCACCUCAUUACGCAGAGGGGUGAAGUGGUACCGCAAGCUGGCCAUUGAGCUUCUUAUUGGUAGUGCAUUAGUAAAUGCACAUGUUUUGCACCAAGAAGUAGCCAACGAAAAAAUGUCACAAAAUUCAAGCAGGAAAUCGUAA